AUGAAUCACGUUGCAGCCCUGAAAUUUUCCUCCAAUGUUGCCGGUAUUUCUUCACAAGCUAAUUCAGGAGAGUUUCAAGUAUUGUCACGUUCCAUUUAUGGGGCCGGAAAUGAAGCAAACAAGCCUGGUGAUUUCGUGGAACUUUUUGAGGAUGAAGCAAAAAAGAUAACGGAGCAACUCACCAAUGGUAUAAUGCCAUUGCAGAUUCUCUCAGUUGUGGGGAUGCCUGGAAUAGGUAAGACAACACUAGUUCGUUCAAUAUUUGAAAAUCCUUCCGUUCUUCUGCACUUUCAUGUCCGUGCAAGGUGUUGUGUAACUCAGGUCUAUCAGAAGAGAAGAUUGUUGCUUGAAGUUCUGCAGCAAGUUAGUAAAGUAAGUUACAAGGUACUUGGAAUGACUGACGACAGGCUGGCUCUGAAAUUAUAUCAAAGUCUAAAAGGCAAACGUUAUCUUAUAUUUGUUGAUGAUUUGUGGGAUAUUUGGCCGUGGAAUGAUAUGAAGGCUUCUUUCCCAGAUGAUAACAAUGGGAGUAGAAUUGUAUUCACAAGUCGAUUUCAUAACAUUACUUCACAAAUCACAACCAAUAGUAUCACCAUUUUUCUGAAUCCAAUAUCAGAUCUUAGUAGUUGGGAGCUCUUGCAAGUCAAGCUAUUUAAACAAGAAAGUUGCCCCCAAGAACUUUUUGGAAUUGGACAGCAAAUUGCAGCAAAUUGCAAAGGCCUACCAAUUGCUGUGGAUUUGAUAGCUGGACUACUUGGGACAAAGGACAGAAAGAAGGAAUCCUGGAAACAAAUUGCAAAUGGUUUGAAUGCUCACCUUCUUGAAGACCAAAAUGGUCAGUGCUUGGGCAUGCUAGAACUCAGUUAUGACAACUUACCAAAUCAUUUGAAGCCAUGCUUUCUUUAUUUUGGAACAUUUUGUGAGGAUAUAGAAGUCCCGACAAGUAAGUUGAUACGGUUAUGGAUUGCAGAAGGAUUUGUUGAACUGCAAAAGGAUGAUAAAGGAAGCUUAGAGGGUGCAGCUCAGAAGUAUUUGAAUGAUCUAAUUGCUAGGAGCUUAGUAAUAAUCUCCAAAAAAGGAUCUCGAGGUGGAGUUAAAGCAAGCCGUGUUCAUGAUCUCUUGCGUGAUUUUGCCUUGGCAAAAGCUAAAGAAGAGUCCUUUUUGCUAACAACCAACGGAUUUGAACAAUUAUCUUCGGUUGGUGAUUCAUUUUAUGAGCCAUAUCGUCGGUCCAUCAAUUAUGGAUCAGACUAUUUUCUCAGAAGUUCUUUGAAUCCAGCACAUUUGCCAGGAAUAACUCAAAUCCAGUUAUAUUUUGGACUCCCUCUCCCUGCCUGUCAUGUGUACCAAAAGCAUGUGGCCAUGGGAGUAAAUCCUUGUCCACGUACCCGCUCUAUAGUAUAUCGUGGGAGUGUAUUACGCAAGGUUUCAUUGAGCUUUGACAAUUUCAAGCUCCUUAGAGUGUUAGAUAUUUGGGCCAUCGAUAUCGACUAUUGUCCUAACAUAUUUAAGUUGGUUAAUCUAAGGUUCUUGUCACUCAGUCACUACAGAAGAAAGAGCAUCCCACCAGAAAUUGGCAACCUCCGGAACCUGGAAACUCUUAUGUUGGGGAAAAAUCACAAGAUUGAUGUACCAACGACUGUUUGGAACCUGGUGAAAUUGAGGCAUUUCCUGAUAAGGGGCUCUUAUACCUUGCCUCCUUGCAGUCAAGAAUUUCUAGAGAAGCCCUUCAAGUUUCAUAGCUUACAAAGCCUUUCGACGCCAGAUUUAGCAUUUGGAGAAGAUACUGAGCAGAUCAUGAGAGGCCUGUGCAAUCUUCGAAAGCUAAGUUGCAGGUUUUUGUAUUCUUGGGAUUACACUUCCAACUGCAUCCAGUUCCCAAAUUUGGACUUCCUCACCCAACUUGAAUCAUUGAAGGUGGCCUACAGGGGAAAGGCACUUCAUAAGGUUCAAUCUUGUAAGUUCAGCUUUCCUGCGAAUGUUAAAAAAUUGACAUUGUCAGGUUUUUGCUUGCCCUGGACUGAAAUUUCAAGCAUUGGGAACCUACCCAAUCUUCAAGUACUCAAAUUGUUGGAUGAUGCAUUCGAGGGGACAACAUGGGACAUGAAUGAAGGAGAAUUUCUUAAUCUCAGUUUCUUGAAAUUAGAGCGGUUGCAAUUAUUACAUUGGAAUGCUUUUGAAGAUCAUCUUCCCAGCCUCAAGACAUUAGUGCUGGUAAAUUGCAAAAAACUUGUGGAGAUUCCCCCUUGUUUAGGAGACAUACCAACAUUGCAGAGGGUUGAAUUGCGAGGUUGCAGUCACUCUUCUAGGAGCUCACUCGGAGUAAUUAGGGAAAAGCAGAUAGAAAUGGGAAACGAGGAGCUAGAUGUCACCUUGGGGUAG